AUGGCACUUCCCCUGCAUCUCCUAAUCUUCUCCCUCCUUUUCUUUAUCACAGAUGCAGUUCAACUGAUUAUAGCCAAUAACUGCAACAGCACUAUCUGGCCAGGAAUACUAGCAACUACCGGGCACAACACUCCUUUUGGUGGCGGCUUCAGCUUGCGUUCCGGCCAUCGAGAACUCCUCCGAGUCUCCCAAAACUGGUCAGGAAGAGUAUGGGCAAGGCAAGGUUGCAACUUUGAUCCAAACACUGGCAUUGGAAUGUGUCAAUCAGGAGACUGUAGUGGCCGUCUUCAAUGUAAAGGCAUUGGUGGGAAACCGCCUGUUACUGUGGUGGAAAUGACAUUCGGUACUCCUGCAUCCACCCUUCAUUUCUACGACGUUAGCAUUGUUGAUGGGUUCAAUGUCCCUGUAUCAAUGAUCCCAAUUGUUGGAAGGGCGGAGAGACAAAGUUGUGGUGUGGCGGAAUGUGAGGUAGACUUGAAUGUUUGUUGUCCUUCAGCAUUGGUGGUUAAGACACAAGGGAAGGUUGUGGGGUGUAAGAGUCCUUGUUUAGCCACUGGUUUUCCUAGGUAUUGUUGUACCGGAGAGUUUUCUGAGGCCGAAAAGUGUCAGCCAACGGUGUUUGGGAGGUUGUUUAAGGCGGUUUGUCCGAGGGCUUAUAGUCAUCCCUUUGAUGAGAAAACAGGGCUUAAGACUUGCAAGGCUCCCAAGUAUCUUAUUAGCUUUUGUCCCCCUACUUGAUUUUUCAGAACCUGUGCAUUCUAGCAGAAGACUUGAAGUUUUCUAUUUGGUGUAGGAUGAUUAUGUAAUGUAUUGGUUUUGAGUAUCUCAUUAGAUUUGUGCUUCUUGUUCAUUUUACUAGUUGAAUCAAUUAUUGUUUCUA